AUGAGCUCCAGAGCAUUGAGAAAACUAGAAAAGCAGUACCAGCAAGAGCACCCUCCCUCGGACCACUCAGGGCAAGAAAGCGAUAUCGAGGAUCAGAUAGUCAAACCUGCUUUCAAUCCCUUUGACUUACUCAUGGAUAAUGAGAGCUCAGAUGACGAAACACAUCAGGACCAGCAAAACAUUGCAGACAAAAGCCCAGCUAUAGAACCACAUCCAGAAGAGUCUCAGGAAAACCAAUCCAACGUCACUAACACAAUCGCAAUACCAUCCUCAAAGGCAAAGAAAAAAAAGAAAAAAAAGAAAAACAAGAACAAACUAAAAGCUCGAAAUCCAGUCAAUGCCAAUAACCAAAGUCAAAGUCAAAGUCAAAGUCAAGGAGAAAAUAAUGAUAUUCAUAAUGAUUAUGAUAAGGAUAACAGUUUUGUACAGUUAAUAGACCCUCAUUACAUGUAUUUCAACAUAUCAAAAUUAAACCAAUCAAUACCUUUACUACAAUUUGAUAUUAAAGAUUUGGACCCCGAUAGAGAAUUUCAACAGUUAUUUGGAAAAUUAUCAUUAGAAGCAAUCGAAGAUGCUGAGUCUACCACCUCCACUUUUAUUCGUCCCGAAGAGCUAAAGCUCAUUAAAAGAUUACAGCAUCUAACAAAAGGCUGGGGUGGUAAAGAUAGAAGAUCGAUACCUGGAACCUCGAGAAAAUUAGCAUUAACAAGAAUUAGAGACGAUUGGUUGCCCACCGUUAAAAAAGAAAUCUCUAUGAUUGAAUUCAGGAAAAACGACAUUUUAAAUUUGGUGAAUUUCAAUGAAAGUGAUCUUCAAAAUGAUUCAUUGUAUGAAAUUAAUAAUAAAAUCAUCUCUCAACUAAACUUGGGUGUUAAAUAUUUCAAAUUCGAUAAAACUAUCGCCACAAAACUAGUCGAUGCAAAUUUUUUUUAUUCAGUUAUGGUUAGACCUGACCAAGAAUCUUUAAUUAGUCUUUUAUACCAAAAUCCUUAUCAUGUUCAAACCAUCUUACAAGUUUCCUCCAUCUUAUCAAGAAAUGGUCAAAAAAAUGAAAGCAGUUCGUUGAUUGAACGAGCUUUGUUUGUUUUUGAUAGAGGAUUGAAACAGAAUUUUGAACUAGGCAAAGCAUUAUCGAGACUCCCCUUUAAUUUUUUCUUGAAUCGACAAUUUUACCUAACAUUAUUUAGACACAUUGUUUCACUAGCACAAAAGGGCACUUUUUAUACUGCACUAACUUUCUGCAAGUUGUUACUAUCAUUAUCGCCAGAUGAAGAUCCAUAUGGAGUUCGUUAUUUCAUUGAUUUUUAUGCUAUAAUGGCCGGUGAAUAUAAAUAUUUAGUCGAUUUUGCAAACAAUGGAAUAUCAACAACCUAUGAGAGAUGGUAUACACCAGGAAUUGCAUUCUCACUAUCUCUAGCUCACUUGUUUUUGGAUAACAAAACAGAAGCAGAAAAAACACUAAAAUUUGCAUUUAAAAAAUACCCAUACACUGCCUAUCAAUUGCUCGACAGAAUUGGCAAAAUCAGUGAUAUCCCAAUAAAAAACAGCAAAAUCUCCACCAUAACACCAGAAAUAGAAAUAGCAACAGAAACGUACUUGACCAGAGCAGGCUUGUUAUGGAAUGAGCCUGGCCACAUAGAUUUCCUUGCUAAGAACUUGACAACUUAUUUUCACAACUUGGCUUCAAGUGUCGAGAUUUACCAGAACCUCAACAACGAGAUCCCCCGAAACUUGAUCAGACAUGCAAUUCUAUCAGCAGAAAGCAGUGUUAUGGGCAGGCUCCCCAGAGAAAUAUGGGAGAUGGAAGACAUUUAUGACUUUGAUGUUCUUCCUCCCAGUGAUAGCAAAUCAGAAACGUAUCACGACUUGGUUGACGACGAAGCUAUU